CCGUUUUCUUUUUAUUUUUCCUUUCUCUUUUCUCUCCUCUCUCUCUUUUAAAACUUUUGUGUGAAGAAUCAGCUCCCACAAUCACCAGACCCACCAAUUACAACUCAACACUGUUGACCUUUCAUUUUCACUCUCUUUAAUUCUCUGCCAUUUUCUUCCUCCUUACACACACCUCAUAACUACUCAACCCAUUUUCCCCUUCCAUAAUCACUCCCACCACUAACCUAGCUCAGCUAUGGCUUUCUGAUACAUCUGAUUUCCCUUUUCUACUCACCAUUUCAAACAAUUUUCACCAUUUCUCUCUUUUAACAUCUUGGGUCUUCCAUUUUUCAAUUGGGUUUUCUUCUUUGCCAUUGAUUUUGCUUUCUCCAUGCUUUUCCUCAAAUGGGUCGAGCUCUAUUCACAGUUUCCUGAAAGAAAACCCCCUCUGUAAUUCUCAUACAAUCCGAGCUUGAUUGACUAUGGCGAUGAUGGAGGAUUGAUUUACUGUAAUUUGUUUUGUUUGUUGCCUCGGAUCUGAAACUGAGCCUCUAGGGUUUCGUUUUGGUCCUCUCACGAAUCUUCCUAGGGCUCUGAAAAGUAAAGAAGUCUUUUCAAGAUUCCCCAAUUUUUUUUUUUUGCCCUUUCUAAGUGAAAAGGCUUCACUGAUUCUUCUCAGAUGCUCUUGUUUUUAAUGCUUUCAUGACCUAAAAAAGCUCUCCAUUCCUCUGCAUUUCCUCUCUGGGUUUUUAGAGAGAGACAUUUUUUGGCUAUGGAAUUUCUGUCUCCAGCUUCUUAUCUUCGAAAUUCUAACUGGCUAUUUCAAGAAACAAAAGGAACCCAAUGGACCCCUGAAGAAAACAAACGGUUCGAGAAUGCUUUAGCCUUGUACGAUGAAGAUACUUCCGAUCGGUGGUUCAAAGUUGCUGCCAUGAUUCCUGGCAAAACCAUCGGUGAUGUGAUUAAGCAGUAUCAAGAACUGGAGGAAGAUGUUAGUGAUAUUGAGGCUGGUUUGAUCCCAAUUCGUGGAUAUGCUAAUCGUCAUUCCUUUACAUUGGAACGAGUUGAUAGUAGCCAUGGAUUUGAUGGUUUGAGCCAUUUCUAUGGCUCCGGAGUUAAGAGAGGAACCUCAACUAGACCUUCUGAUCAUGAAAGGAAGAAAGGAAUUCCAUGGACUGAAGAAGAACACAGGCAAUUUCUGAUGGGUCUUAAAAAAUAUGGUAAAGGUGACUGGAGAAACAUUUCUCGCAAUUUCGUUACGACGAGAACACCGACACAAGUCGCUAGUCAUGCUCAAAAGUACUUCAUUAGGCAGCUAAGUGGUGGGAAGGAUAAGAGAAGAUCGAGCAUCCACGACAUCACAACCGUCAAUCUCCCCGAUAUGAAAUCUCCAGUCGGAGAUAGUAACAGACCUCCAUCCCCAGAUCCUGCUACAAUGGCUACACACCUGCAUCAGCUUUCGAAAAUGGUUGGCAGUGCUGAGCAGCAAUUUAACUGGAAAUCUUCAAAUCAAAUUCUCGACUCAUCGAAUGGUAACAUGUUUAUGGUUAUGCCUUCAAAUGGAACUCAGCAGCAGGAAGAAACCAUUCAUGAAUCUCCUAUUGCACCUUACUAUACUAUUUUUCAGAUGCAACCAAUGCACCAACAUUAUCACUGAACCUUUUCUUUUCUUUUCUUUUCUUUUUUGGGAGAUUUUUGAUUGUUAGAACUUAGGAUAUCCUUAUUAAUUAAAAGAAUCAAUCUCAUUUAGCAAUCUUGGAUUGCUCUAUCAUAUGAUUAUUGUGCAUCAUGUUGCUCUGAUGUGAAUAUGUUGAUGAGGAGAAAUAGAACUUAAAGCUAGUGCAUUGUUGUUAGGCUUUUUACUGAGAGAUUUGCUUCUGCAGAUCAUGAUUCAGGGUUAACUUUAUGAAUUAUCAUUUCCAGUGGUUUCUUU